AGAGCAUUAACUAUCCCUCCCUCCAGUCCCAUUGAAUGGGGUGCGAAAAAACAGAGGAGGGAGAUGAGAGCUCCAAAUCCCUUUUUUAUUCCCUUCGUAGCGCUCUCAAUAACAGAAGAAUGUCUUGCCCAUCAGUCACCGAGGGGAUCAAGACUCCGGGACGGUCCCACGCGCUCAGUGCGACGUGCAGAGCAUCACUGAGAGUGACAGAGUGAAGAGGGACAGAGUGGAGAGGGACAGAGUGACAGAGUAAAGAGGAACAUCAGCAUCCUCCUGGCCUCCUGUGCACUCCACGCGAGCACAAGGAGUCAUUUAGCAACCUGUCUCUCCACUUCACAUCCCCUUUUUAGUCAAUUAGGUCGCUGCACUCCUCGACUUCCCCGAGACGCCCUGAACUACAAUGUGGUGUGACACCAUGCGGAGCCUGGCGCUGCUCCUGGGGGUGAAGGCGGCGUGCAUUCUGCUGGUGUCCUCGCUGGCCGGCACGGGGGCCGUCAACAACAGCGGCCGUUGGUGGGGCAUCGUGAACGUGGCCUCCUCUGCCAACCUCCUCACCAACUCCAAGAACGUCCAGUUGGUGCUGGACCCCAGCCUGGCCCUGCUGAGUCGCCGCCAGCGUCGGCUGAUCCGGCAGAACCCUGGCAUCCUGCACGCCAUCUCCGCAGGCCUCCACACCGCCAUAAAGGAGUGCAAGUGGCAGUUCCAGAACCGGCGCUGGAAUUGCCCGACCACCCACAGCCCGGCGGUGUUUGGAAAAAUCAUCAACCGUGGUUGCAGAGAGUCUGCGUUUGUGUUUGCCAUCACCAGCGCCGGGGUCACCCAUGCGGUAGCCCGGUCCUGCUCAGAGGGGUCCAUAGAGUCCUGCACCUGCGACUACCGGCGCCGCGGACCGGGGGGUCCGGACUGGCACUGGGGCGGCUGCAGCGACAACGUGGAUUUUGGCCGCAUGUUCAGCCGGGAGUUUGUGGACUCCAGUGAAAGAGGCCGGGAUCUACGCUACCUCACCAACCUGCACAACAACGAGGCCGGGAGACUGACGGUGUCGUCCGAGAUGCGUCAAGAAUGCAAGUGCCACGGCAUGUCGGGCUCCUGCACGGUGCGCACCUGCUGGAUGCGCCUGCCCAGCUUCCGGGCGGUGGGGGAUUAUCUGAAGGACCGCUUCGACGGCGCCUCCAGGGUGGUGUACGCCAACAAGGGAAGCAACCGCGCCUCCCACCGCGCGGGCAUCGUGAACGUGGCCUCCUCUGCCAACCUCCUCACCAACUCCAAGAACGUCCAGUUGGUGCUGGACCCCAGCCUGGCCCUGCUGAGUCGCCGCCAGCGUCGGCUGAUCCGGCAGAACCCUGGCAUCCUGCACGCCAUCUCCGCAGGCCUCCACACCGCCAUAAAGGAGUGCAAGUGGCAGUUCCAGAACCGGCGCUGGAAUUGCCCGACCACCCACAGCCCGGCGGUGUUUGGAAAAAUCAUCAACCGUGGUUGCAGAGAGUCUGCGUUUGUGUUUGCCAUCACCAGCGCCGGGGUCACCCAUGCGGUAGCCCGGUCCUGCUCAGAGGGGUCCAUAGAGUCCUGCACCUGCGACUACCGGCGCCGCGGACCGGGGGGUCCGGACUGGCACUGGGGCGGCUGCAGCGACAACGUGGAUUUUGGCCGCAUGUUCAGCCGGGAGUUUGUGGACUCCAGUGAAAGAGGCCGGGAUCUACGCUACCUAACCAACCUGCACAACAACGAGGCCGGGAGACUGACGGUGUCGUCCGAGAUGCGUCAAGAAUGCAAGUGCCACGGCAUGUCGGGCUCCUGCACGGUGCGCACCUGCUGGAUGCGCCUGCCCAGCUUCCGGGCGGUGGGGGAUUAUCUGAAGGACCGCUUCGACGGCGCCUCCAGGGUGGUGUACGCCAACAAGGGAAGCAACCGCGCCUCCCACCGCGCCGAUCCCAGACACCUGGAGCCCGAGAACUCGGCCCACAAACCGCCCUCCACCAAGGACCUGGUGUACUUUGAGAAGUCGCCGAACUUCUGCUCUUACAACGGCAAGACGGGCACGACGGGCACGACGGGGAGGACCUGCAACAGCUCCUCUCCCGCCCUGGACGGCUGUGAGCUGCUGUGCUGCGGGCGCGGGUUCAAGACCCGGACGGAGUUGGUCACUGAGCGCUGCCACUGCACUUUCCACUGGUGCUGUCACGUCAGCUGUCUGAACUGCACCAGUACACAGACUGUACACGAGUGUCUGUGAUCAAAGCUGGGACAAAGACUCACACCCGUUUCACGGUUGGCAUUUGAAUGCACCACGGGUGACAAGACCACAACAAGACACUUCAAAACAGACACGUCAACUGGCUACUUCUAAAAUUGCUCCCAUCCAUUAGUUUUAACGUGUAGUAAGGGGACCCAUGCAGUCAAUUCUAGGACCUGCACUACAGCAACAAUGCAAUGAGGUUUGUCUCAUCGUUGUUCACAUUUGGCGGACGCAAAGCAUCAUUAAAUCCCAAGUGAUGGAUGGAGGUGCAUGUUAAUGUCAGAUGUGACCUCAGCCUGACAGAAUGUAUCUGGACACUUACACACACUCGAUGUCAAUAAGACCAGAGGAUCUACUUAAUCUCCAGGUGGGACGAGGAGGCACACGGGUAUUCAUAACUAAAUUCAUGUCAGGUAAAUUUGGGAAUUACAUGAUUUUGUAUUUGCAGGGCUUUUUGGAAUGACGCAUAAACAGGGUAAAUAGGUAAACCUUUCUUUCAUAUAAUAUUGAAAGGUAAUCCUUUAUCCCCAAGAGCAUUUCCAUAGGGGGGUUGGGUGGAAGACAAGGAAAAGGACCAUAUAAGGUGACAAUAUGGAGCCCUUUUCAAGUCCUUCAGCUAUUAAUCUUCCCAAUAGAUAGACACAGUGCCUGAUAGUUUGUCAUUUUUUUUAUUUUUUAUAAAUGGGUCAGGGGGUCUUAUACCCAAAUGAGCUGCAUGAAAUGUAACACUUUUUAAAAAACUUACAACAUCUGCAAAAUGAAUGAUGUAUAUCAGCUAAAAGAACCAAAUAAUGUACAUAAUUAUAUGGAUAUAUUUAUGACGUUUCUUGCAUUUGACAGCAGCAAUUUCUGUUCCUGCAAAUUAAUGAAGACGAUUAUUAAUGUCAAUUCAGGAGAUGCCUAUUCUAUUUUUGUGUAGAGUUUCUAUGUAGAGUUCCGUUGUUGUCAGAAGAACCAGCUCUGAAUAGAAAUGCUCAUAAUUAGUGCAUGUUUCCUUGAAAAACAUGCUUUUGGUCAUGCACUGAAUAUAACCUUUUUUUACAUGUGUAAAUACAAAAUAUUUAUUUCUGAGGUUUUUAUACUGUCAUAGAAAACAGUAAGCCAGAUAGAUUUCUU